AUGAACAGGUGACACCCAUCCAGGCUCUUGGACCUUGCAAACCAGAGCCUGCUGUGGGACGAGAACACAGCGAUCGCUGUUCUGGAGUUGCUGCCCACUGAGCUCUUCUGUCCCCUCUUCAUGGCGGCCAUUGCCUGCAGAUGUAGAGAGACUCUGAAGGCAAUGGUGCAGGCCUGGCCCUUCACCCGCCUCCCCAUAGGGGCUCUGAUGAAGACUCUGCAGCCUCACCGGGACAUCUUAAAGGUGCUGGACGGGCUUGAUGUCCUGCUUGCCCAGAAGUUUCACCCCAGGAGAUGGAAACUGAAAGUGCUGGAUUUACGGGCAAACCCUCAUACCGACUUCUGGAACAUAUGGUCUGGAACCCUGCCCACGACCUCUAAGGGAUCAUUAGAGGAGCUAAGGGCUAAGAGGAAAAAAGUGGACAAUUUGAGGAUGGGGGAGAAGCAGUCUUUGGCCCCCAUGGAGGUGCUCACAGACCUGUGCCUCAAGGAGACCAACAUGGAUGAAUUUCUCACCUUCCUCUUUAGAAGGGUCAAGCAGAGAGAAGGUCUGCUAGCCCUCUGCUGUAGGAAGCUGAAGAUUGUUGCAAUGCCACUCCAAAAUAUUGAGAAGAUCCUGAAAACGGUGCAGCUGGAGUAUGUCCAGGAGGUGGAAGUGAACUGCACGUGGGAACUGUCCACCCUGGCCAGGUUUGCUCCUCGCCUGGGCCAGAUGGUUAAUCUGACUGGACUCCGUCUCUCUCACAUCGUCAUGUCUUCCUUCGUUUCCUGGGCAGCAGAGGACGUGGAGAAGCUAGUUUCCCAAUUCACCUCUCAGUUACUCAGCCUGCACCAGCUCCAGGAUCUCUACCUGGGCUCUGUCUUCUUCCUCGAAGGCCGCCUGGACCAGGUGCUCAGGUGCCUAAAGACCCCCUUGGAGACACUCUUCAUAACAAAUUGCUUGCUUUUGGAGUCCGAUUUGACAUACCUGUCCUUAUGCCUGAGCACCAGUCACCUAAGGCACCUAAGUUUGAGUGAUGUCAACCUGGCAGGCUUAAGUCCUGAGUUCCUCCAGGUUUUGCUAUCGAGAGCCUCAGCCACCCUCCAUCACCUGGACUUACAUGGAUGUGGGAUCACAGACUCCCAGCUCACUGCCAUCCUGCCUGCCCUGGGCGACUGCUCUCAGCUCACCACCUUCACCUUCUGUGGAAACCCAGUCUCCAUGGCUGCCCUGGAGAACCUGCUUCAGCACACCCUCCCACUGAGCAAGUUCAGAAUUGGGCUUCUUCCUGUCCCUCUAGAGCGUUACAUGGGUGUCCAAGGUCCUCUCCACCUGGAGAGUCUUCAAGAGUACCUGGCCCAACUGAGGCUGAUAAAGCAGGAAUUAGGUCAGCCCAACUCAGUCUUGUUGUUCAGUGACAGUGCCUGUACCUAUGAUGUGAUAAUCCUCCAUUUUGAUGAUAUGAUGUAAUUAUCCUCCAUUUUGCAUUGUGUUGUAAAUCCUAACCUCUGCCUGUGUUUAUAAUCCAUUUGUGAAUGGGUAGCAUUUGUUAUGUUAAUGAGGCAGGAUUAGGGUGGGAUGCAUCUUAAGUCACCGUCCUUACUCAAGUUACACCUUUGCUUGAGUCACCCCUUUCAUCUUACAAGAGAUAAAAUGAGAGAGAAGGGAGAAGACAGAGGAAAGACCUGACUACCAUCAAGAAGGAAAAACCUUGAGUGGAGCACAUCCCUAAGGACCCAGGAUCCUCAGGCUGAGAACCUCCCAGACCCAGGGCAAGAUUGAUGCCAAGAACAUGGAGAUCUCCAAGGAAUGCAGGGCAUAUAGAUGUUAAAAAGGAAACAAGGACUUUCCCCCAGAACCAACAGAGACAGAAAGACUUCCCUUGCCGAUGGCACCCUGAAUUCAGACUUUUAGCCCUUUAACCUGUGAGACAAUAAACUUGUUUGUUAAAGCUAUUCACUUGUGGUGUUUCUGUUAUAGCAGCAAGUGCUACAAAGCUCUGAUAGCUCUGCUGAUAAGUGCCCAGAGGCGCCCCACUCAGCCAGUAAGCCUUAGCCUGAAGGAGCUCAGCUCUCUAGCUCAGUGGGUACCACAGCCCCUGAAGUACUCUACUCCUCCAGCAUGCCUCCUGCAUGUAGGGGCUCAGCUUUCUAGCUCUGUGAGCCAUCUCUGCCAGUCUCUUGCCUCUGCCGACCUCAUUUCUCUGGUGCUGCUUCUUUCCAUCUACAAUGUUACAGCUCUCCCUGCCUGUCCUGGCUCUGCUGGCUCACUCAGUCUUUUGUGUUACAAUUCCUCUCUUUCUUUCUCCAUGUCUCCCUUUAAGCCAAGCAGCGUGGGAAAACUGACCAAUCCUUCGUUAGGAAUCCAUACACCUUAUUUCCAUGGUCCAACGCAACAAGGAUGCCAGGCAUCUAAUUUUCAUUAUUAGCAAGCUGUUCAGUCCCUUUGGUGGGCCAAAAACCCCUCAUCUGCAUUGUCCCACCAGGACAUUUUGUGGAAGUUACAAAAGCUAUGGCUAGAAGGGCCAUAGUAAGCAAUUCACUGCACCACAGGAUUUUAAUUGAUUGGGGAAGACUUCUACUUUUGAACUCUAAAUUCUCUGAAACAUUAUUGAUGUUACAGUUACCAUCAAGUUGACUUUGACUCAUGUACAACAUAAUGAAACAUUAAAUGUCCACUAUGGUCAAGAUCAUUGAU